AUGACCGGUAUACAGCGGUAUUCCGCCCCUGGCCAAGGCGGUGUGAGCAGGCGGGGAGACGCUAGCCCCGAACGGGAAAGCAGCAGCCCAGAGACCAGCUGUGCUGUUGUUGGCUGCUCAUCGACACUUCGACAGAGAGCGCUUCUCCCGUUCGAGAUGCUCGAACCCAAUAUGUCUGACUCUAUUCCCAUUGCCAUAGAUCCUGUGGCCUUGGUAACUACCGAAUGUAUCACCGUCACCUCGUCAAUGCGGAAACAUGCCCGCUGGGCUCACUCCUCCGUUUCCGCUAUCCUUGGGGGAAAUGCAGGCACUCGUGUGUAUGACCGCGAGACGUCUGCCCCUCCUAGUCCGCGCAAGAGUGGGCAAGCUGGCCGGGAUGAUGAUCAUGCAUUGGCCAACAGAUGGGGUCUGCGUGGGAAGAAGGGCAAGAGUAUGCAGGACAACCCGUUAAUAUCAGCUUUCACUCGGUUGCGGAGCGAUCUCAAAGGUUGCAAGGACAUUCGCACAUUUGAUACGCCGGCCCUCCUGCACCCGUUCUUGCAGGUCAUUCGCUCUUCGUCAACCUCCGCCGCGAUUACCUCCCUUGCCCUACUCGCCGUCACUAAGUUCUUUUCUUACAACAUCAUCAAUCGACAUUCGCCUCGACUUCCUAUGGCUAUGCAGCUGCUUUCGGCCGCAAUUACACAUUGUCGAUUUGAAGCAAGCGAUUCAUCCGCAGACGAAAUUGUGCUCCUCAGGAUUCUGAAACUGAUGGAGGGAAUGCUUUCAAGGCCAGAAGGAGAGUUAUUGGGAGACGAGAGUGUCUGCGAAAUGAUGGAAACGGGUUUGAGCAUGUGCUGCCAAGGUCGCUUAUCGGAAGUACUCCGGAGGUCUGCAGAGAUGGCCAUGGUCAACAUGUGCCAGGUUAUCUUCACGCGGCUUACACGCCUUGAUCAAGACCCCACGCCAGGAUCACCUCCAUUUAACAACGAUCACAACCAAAAAGAGACAGCAAACCUAAAGAUGGAUCCCUCGGUCAAUGGAGACACCGUGACAUCGCAACACAAAUCUGCCAUGAGCUCGGAUACUGCGACGGCGACCCGUCACAGCGCUAGCAGAGAGGGUUCUCCCGAGCAAGGUGGUAAUGAGACUGCGGCGGCAACGGCGCCUCCUGACCCGAACAAUGAAAGCAAGGCUGAAGAGAUUCGCCCAUAUUCAUUGCCAUCAAUCAGGGAGCUGUUUCGGGUUCUGAUUGAUCUUCUAGAUCCCCACAAUCGCCAACAUACUGAUACUAUGCGCGUAAUGGCCUUACGAAUCAUUGAUGUUGCGCUAGAGGUUGCAGGGCCUUCUAUUGCUCGACACCCUAGUCUCGCUGCACUUGCUAAGGAUGAUCUGUGUCGCUAUUUGUUCCAGCUCGUCCGCUCCGAGCAAAUGACGAUCCUCACAGGAUCCCUCAGAGUUGCCGGCACAUUGCUAUCCACCUGCCGAUCCGUGUUGAAGCUCCAGCAAGAGCUUUAUCUGUCCUACUUGGUUGCUUGCCUACAUCCUCGUGUGGAGAUCCCAAGGGAACCCGGUAUUGACCCAUCAUUGUAUGAGGGGGUGCCCCAAAACCCAUCCUUGGUUAAGCAGCCUGCCUCACAAGCAAACAGUGGAAGGUCAACCCCAGUGCCGGUCAAAGACCGACAAAAGCUGGGGCUGGAGGGCGGUUCUCGUAAACCAGAAGCUCGAGAGGCAAUGGUUGAGAGCAUUGGUGUGCUGUCGCGAAUCCCGAGCUUUAUGGUCGAGCUUUUUGUCAAUUACGACUGUGAGAUUGAUCGUGCCGACUUGUGUGAGGACAUGGUUGGCCUGCUUUCACGAAACGCAUUCCCUGACUCGGCAACGUGGAGCACGACCAAUGUCCCACCUCUAUGUCUGGACUCCCUCCUUGGCUAUGUGCAAUUUAUUUAUGACCGACUUGAUGAUGAGCCGGUUCAAGGGGCUCAUCCGUCUUUGGAGAUCCUCCGCAAACAACGUCAAACCAAAAAAAUAAUCAUUAAGGGAGCUUCAAUGUUUAACGAGGAUCCUAAAGCUGGAAUUGCUUACCUGGCUGGCCAUGGUAUCAUCGAAGAUGCGAAGAAUCCUGCUCAGGUAGCUCGCUUUCUCAAGGGAACAACCCGCUUGUCGAAGAAGGUACUUGGGGAGUAUAUCUCCAAGCGUAACAAUGAAGAGUUACUGGGGGCGUUUGUUGAUCUCCUCGACUUUUCGGGAAGAAAUGUCGUUGAAGCACUCCGAGAACUCCUUAGCUCUUUCCGCUUGCCUGGUGAAUCCCAGCUUAUUGAAAGAAUCGUCACGACGUUCGCGGAACACUAUACAGAAAAGGCGAAGCCGGAGGGAAUCGCAGAUAAAGACGCGCUCUACAUUCUGACUUACGCCAUCAUCAUGCUUAAUACUGAGCUAUACAACCCGAAUAUGAAAGCUCAGGCCCGUAUGUCAUUCCCGGCCUUUGCUAGGAAUCUGCGUGGUGUGAACGCUGGAGGCGACUUCGCAGAAGAUUUUCUGCAAGAAAUCUACGAUUCUAUCAAAGAAAAUGAGAUCAUUCUUCCUGAUGAGCACGAGAAUAAACACGCAUUCGAUUAUGCUUGGAAAGAAAUGCUUUUGAAAUCAUCAGGAGCCGGUGAUAUGGCUGUGGGAGAGACAAGUCUUUUUGACGCUGAGAUGUUCGAGGCUACUUGGAAGCCAGUGGUGGCAACGUUGUCCUAUGUCUUCAUGUCUGCGUCUGAUGAUGCGGUGUUUUCGCGGGUUGUCAACGGCUUCGAUCAAUGUGCUCAAAUCGCUGCUCGGUAUCGUCUGACUGACGCAUUUGACCGAAUUGUUUCUUCCCUUGCUUCGAUCAGUACUCUUGCUACAACCACUCCGCCAAGUACUGCACUUAACACCGAGGUCCAGGCAGGCCAGAAAAGUGUUAUGGUGAGCGAAUUGGCUGUGAAGUUCGGGAGAGAUUUCCGAGCACAGUUAGCAACUGUCGUCUUGUUCAGAGUGCUCCUCGGCAACGAGGCUAGCCCUAGGAAGGGUUGGGAGCCAAUUGUUCGCAUCCUGAGCAACUUAUUUACAAAUUCCUUGCUCCCGCCAUUCGACACUGAGUUGACGGCUGAACUUGAGAUUUCUCCUAUCCCUCUCCAGUCACCAUCACAAGUUAUCGACAGAGAUGGCCGAAGUACCGACAAUGGACUGCUCUCUGCAUUCACUCAAUAUAUCACAAGCUAUGCGGCCGACGACCCUCCCGAGCCAUCUGAUGAAGAACUUGAUAACACCCUGUGCACCGUCGACUGCGUGUCUGCUUGCUCAAUUACUGAAAUCUUGAUGAAUAUCAAAUCUCUUCCGUUGGCUUCUUUGGAGAAUGUUGUUUCGAGUUUACUUGCUCACUUGCCCGAAAACAACACCCCGGCUGUCAUCGUCGUCAAGCCAGAGCGGCCAAGCCCUGUAUCAAGACCUGCCGGGCCCAGGGCAGACCCCAACCAACCAAAAUAUGACCCAUCGAUGAUCUUUGUCUUAGAAUUGGCCACAGUCCUUACUCUUCGUGAUGAGGGUACACUCGAGGUCCUUGGCGAAAGACUCGCGACCACGCUCCAAACUCUGAUCCGCGAUGCUAAAAACUUACACCCGCUCACUGUUUCUCGCAUAGUCUCUUACCUCCUCAACCUGUUACGACUAAGCCAUAACCAGCAUUUCUUGCGAGUCCCUGUUGUUCUUCAUACCAUCUCCGGCUAUGAGCAGGAUGUUUUAGAAACAGUCGCUGUGCCUACAAUCCAGGGGCUUUCGCGGUGCCUGGCGCACCCUGGUCGUUUGAGGAACGAAAUCACGAUCUCGCCUGACUUCUGGUCCAUUCUCCAAAGACUUCAUCAGCACCCAGAGGCAGCACCCAUGGUGUUUGAACUUUUGCGAAACAUUGUCGAGUCAAUGUCUGAUAUUGUCACUGGUGACAACUACAAAUCAGCGAUCUCUCUGGCAAACGACUUCAUCACGGCCGGCCAUGUGGGAUCUAUUGACGAACGGCAGAGAGAUGCCCAAGCUCGACGCACCAAGGGCGUCAAGCAACCUAAGCCUGCUGAAAACCAAGUGGUGACUCGCGGCAUCAAAGCCAUCGGAUUAAUAUAUCACCUCACUGGUCGGGUGCCCGCCCUUAUCAAACAGUCCCAUUUGGAGGAACGUGAAGCUUGGGCUGCCUAUUGGUACCCGAUCUUCCAGUCACUCUCUGGCCAGUGCGUGAACCCUUGUCGCGAUAUUCGACACCACGCCAUCUCUACCCUGCAAAGGUCCCUAUUAUCUGCUGAGUUAAUCUCAGAUGACGACAAGGAAUGGGUAACUUUGUUUGAUGAGAUCCUCUUCCCGCUUGUCCAUCGCCUUCUCAAGCCAGAAGUGUAUCACUCUGAUCCCGUCGGUAUGAGUGAAACUCGAGUGCAGGCAGCGACCUUGGUCUGCAAAAUAUUCUUGCGCUUCCUUGACCAGCUGCCUAACCGAGAAGGCAUGCUUACUCUCUGGCUCCAAAUCCUGGAUAUCUUGGAUCGCAUGAUGAACAGCGGCCAAGGCGACAGUCUGGAAGAAGCAAUUCCCGAAAGCUUGAAGAAUAUUCUUCUUGUCAUGGCCGACGGUGGCUACCUCGUGCCGCCAUCCCAGGAUCCCAGCAAGGAGAAGAUGUGGAACGAGACUCGCAAGCGUCUGGGUCGCUUCUUGCCGGAUCUCUUCGCAGAGAUCUUCCCGGAUGCUGCAAACGAAGAGAACCCUUUGGUCGGGUCGACAGUUGCAUCGCCAAGCCGGCAGAGCGUAGACGCCGCGGAGAAGAACGAGGAGAUCGCUACUUCGCAGGAUGUUGCCGACGGUAGCGCAACAGACCCCGAGAAAGCUGAAGUUGAGCCCGGAGCUGAGCUGGUCGCUUCAUAA